AUGUAAUAAUCCUGUUCCCCUCUUCUUGGUCAUUGAAAGCUUAAAGUGGUAUUGAGUUUGAGCUAAUUAAGUCAUUCAUUACCAUGGGAAGAGCACCGUGUUGUGACAAAGCUAACGUGAAAAGAGGGCCUUGGUCUCCUGAAGAAGAUGCCACCCUCAAGAACUAUAUUCAUACACAUGGAACUGGUGGCAAUUGGAUUGGCUUGCCCAGCAAAGCAGGCCUGAGGAGAUGCGGCAAGAGCUGUCGUUUGAGGUGGUUGAAUUAUCUGAGACCUGACAUCAAGCAUGGAGAUUUUACUGAAGAAGAAGACAACAUUAUUUGUACUCUGUAUAGUAACAUAGGAAGCAGGUGGUCUUUUAUAGCUUCACAGCUGCCAGGAAGAACAGACAAUGAUGUGAAGAACUACUGGAAUACUAAAUUAAAGAAAAAGCUUUUUUCAGGCAAGAUUAAUGAUGCAGGAAAAUCAGGCAGUAACAAUAGAAAUUCUCCUGAUCGUAUGGCAGAUAUUUUUGCUUCCAUUCCGGAAGAUGAAGCUUAUAAUCCUGAAAAUUCACUUCUCUUGAACGCAAAUUCUGGUACCAUGACACCACUCAUGGCGGUCCGUAACUACGAUCACUAUUACUCUAACCCACAAGGGCUAAUUUUGGCGGAAAGCACCCUUCUAAAUCUUACAGAAGCUCCAAAUUUUGGACAUAACAUUUAUAAUGCAACAUCAUCAUCAUCAUCAGCAUCUUCUUCUUAUUCUCAAGAAGUUUCAAGUCUCUCUCCUUCAUCUGCUCUGUUACCUUCAGACAAUGCCGGCUCAUGGUCCGGCGACGAAAGAUUACUAGUACAAGAGGGUGAAAUUAAUCUACUAGAAUUUGGACUCGAUCAGUCUCCAUAUGAGCUGCUCAAUUACCUAACAUUUUAAGAAAGCAAAAUACCUGCAGUAGGUAUAUACUUUAUAAAUAUGUAUUUCUGAUAAUCAAGUUACUCUUUACUAAUACUUAGAUAUUAGCAGAUGGCGAAGCUUCUAUUUAUUACUAUAUAGUAUAUCCAAAACACAUGGUAUACAACUAUGUGAAUACGUAUUCUCAAAUAAGUAUUAAGGAAGUGUUCCAGUAUGUAAAUGCCUGGUACGUGAUUACAUUGUGUAUUAGUAGUG